AUGGACGAGAUAUCAGCUUUCAUGGAUCGCCACCCUACUUCAUACCGUUCGACGAACGAUAAAUUCUACCUCGAAGCGUUCUGUAAGGGGGCCAGCUUCUUACUUGACAAUUCCAACAUACAUGCCUUACAAAACUUUCACCUGGCGCAUAUCGAUGAACCAAAAGCGUGGGUUUCAGACCGAAACUACUGGCUCUCUCAAGACGGAGCAGCCGUUAGCACUUGGUAUGGAAACGUUUUGGGCCGCCAUGACCUCUAUAAGGUGCUGCAGAAUGAGCGCUUUCGUGACAACUCGGCAGGUGAGAUGAUUGGACCACCUCGACAGUUAUUUAUCAGUAAUCCCGACGGUGCCAGUGUACUGGCCAUCCUGAGGACAGCACCUCAUGCUCACGUCGAUGGUCUUAGAGACCUUCUUGCCAACUAUAUUCAGUCAAGUCCUGCGCCGAAUCUGACAAUGAGGGUUUCAAACUUCUGGAACAAAAGUUUCGUGAUCAACAUCACUCUACCUUUCUUCGCAAUCAGCCCCUCAAGUAUGCAGGAUAAGCGCAUAUUCAACACUAGCAAGCACAGGUUUCGUGCCCGCUACCGACUGGAUUCUUUGAAUCUUCAAGAUCCACGUUCACGUCUGGGUUGUGGCCAAAGUUACUCAUUCCAAGACAAGCUCGUACUGCAUGAAGCUGUCUUCGCCAUGACGACAACAGGGCCUAGUGAACGCCACUGGACGACAUAUUGUUUCGAUGAGCAUUUCUUUGCCGACGAGCCACGCCUAGAGGGAGAAGACGAAGACGAAGACGAACAGGGAGAGGAGGAGGAGGAUGAUGAGGAUGAUGAAGAAGACGACGACGAGGAACCUCCCGCAAACAUCGAUCCAAUAUUAACCGAGCCGGAGCUCAACGUCAACUCCUGGCUACCUAGACAAUAUUCUCUUGUGGCCUUGGCGACACAGCUCGAAAGGAUUUCUGGAUAUCACUCAGAUGUCCAUGAAGUAUUCAAGCACAAUCUCGAUCUCUAUAUGGCUAGUGCGGAGGAUGGCAUUGCUGACAACAUCUAUCCCUCUGUAAAACAGGAUUGGAAAGGUUUCCCAGAACUCCUGGGCAGAGUAAUAUUCUGUAACAUGAAUGUGACAAAAGAGAUCGACAAUUUCCUGGAAACGGAUAUCCAGUUGUGCCCAAACGGAUUGCCCCAGGGCGUCCUUUGGCAAAGCCUUCGAACUGAUGUGAGAUCAUUGAAGUCUUUGGAAGAAAUCAAAACCUGCCGGAACAGGCUACGAGCCCUCGGAGGCAAACUGGAACAAAUCAAGGAGUCGUUCGAAGAAUUGCGACGCGGGGUUAGUCACUUCAAGCUCAAUCACAGCCCCUUUAUGCAGUGA